CUCACUCCAGUGAUGCGGGGACGAAACGUGCGCGUCGCCGGUGUCAGAGCUGAUUGAAACAAGUGUAAAGCGCGUGGAAUAACAAGGAAGUCUUCGUUUUUCUUAGAAACUCCGUAUAAAUUCAAAUUUGACCACUACCGUGGUGGCAAUGUUUGUGCUUGACAUCGGCUGAGUCAGUGUCGGGAUCGGAUUAAUGGGCUGGGCGCAGAACGCCGUCACCCUAAAUUGUGGAUCCAAGCUCAGCCUGAGGUCAUCACCUCGUUGUUCCUACAAGUCGUCAGGAUGAAUCGGAUCCUCUGGGAUGCAGUGUUUCUCCUGACUGGUUCCCUGUUUACACUGGGAGCAUCACAGGGGGGUUCAGUGAUGGAUGCCAGCCCCUCCAUCCCCAUCACCUCCACUGGUGCCCCCAACACCGCCUCCGCUCCCUCCGCCUCCACCCUGGUCAGCACCGCCGCCAGCAGUAGAACAACCUCCUCUACCACCACCAUCGCUACACCCAAAACCAUCCCACCAGUUAAAAAGUUUGUGGCGGCUGCGGUUCGGUUCCACUUUGACGACUGUCCGGACUCACACCGACACUUCUGUUUCCAUGGCACCUGUCGCUUCCUUAUCCUGGAGGAAACGCCUGCAUGUGUGUGUCCAUCGGGCUUUGUGGGGAUGAGGUGUGAGCAUGCAGACCUCCUGGCUGUGGUGGCCACCAACCACCGAGGGCAGACCGUGGCCACGGUGCUGGUGCUGUGUGUCAUGGGCUGUGCCCUGACCAUGCUGUUCUGCACACUUUUACACUGUUGGUGGAGGCGGGAUUAUGAAAGACGGAGGAGGGCUUUUCACAAGGAAAAGACCAGAGAAAUGCUGAAGGGCGGGCCAUCGUUCUGUCCGUCUGAAAGUGUGGUGUGAGGAGUGGACGUGGAUCAGAUUAUAGGGUACUAGUUCUGCUACUCCCCUUUACUGGUCCAGUGUUCCCUGAACCACUCGGCAUCCUCCAUGGAGUGGGAAACCAUCUCCAGUGAUUGUUUUCUUGUUUUUGUGUUUUGUACUUUUGAACGGCGAUAAUCAAGGAAGAACUCGUCUGCCUGUACUUUAAAGGAAGUGGACACUAGUGAAGGCUAAGGUAGCCUCUUUUGGACGACCAAAGGAACGUGGGCAGCUGUUGGAUGCUGUAGGCACCCCUCCCUCUGCGUGUUGUGUUGUCAUUUGUGUAGGAAUCAAGGAUGGUCUACGAGGCCGUUUCAUUAUCUCGAACCGCAGAUGCGUCUGUUUUGAUUUCUCAAGUCGGAGGACCGGCCCAUUCUUGUCUUUUUAAAAUUGCAUGCACAUAAUUUACAUCCGAUGUUCGAUCAAACACUACUUUAGAUGUUUGAAGUUAUGAUGGGGGAAACCAAUACUUGGAAAUAGUUGUAUCGGUUUUUUGAGCAAGGGAUUUUAACUCACUUCACUUGACAAAUUGGGUGACUGAGUCGAUAACACAUAUAGGCUUCUCAAAUUGAUAUUUGUUUAUGGAGAUGCUAUGUUGGUGGGGAAAAAAGGAAAUGUAAAAGUUUUUGAAGGUAUGUUUAUAGAGGAUCAGGAAUUUUAGGGAACAGGGAUAAGUGAUUCAUAUUUCCGACUACUAAUUCAGGCUGUAAUGUCAUUCUUACUUUUUUAAUUCCUUUACUUAAACACGUAUAUAUAUAUUAAUUUAUUAGGGGGACUGUGAUCCCCAAGCUAUCUAUGUGGCAACGGACUACAAGCUCACCCCUUCUUAAAACUGGUAUGAAAUGCAUGGGUACACUUAAUUACUACUAUGAACAAGCACUUAAGGGAAGAGACACAUUUCACUGUUUAUACUACUUGUACAUAGACACUUAUGCAUACUUAUACUUUAGUCACUGCUAAUGUUUUAAUUGUUUUUUAAAACAUUAACAGAUUAUUACAGUAGACACGUGCCCUAAUUCGGCAUACACUUCAUGCUUUUCGUCCAAGGGGUAUCUUCAAUGAGUUUCCUCAGAUUGCCUUUGAGUUAAACAUUUCUGUAUUGAAAACAGUUGAUGUCAAAGAAACAAAUCAAGCCUUGUCAGAAAUGUCGAAACAACGAGUUAAGGAAAAUAAAUAGUGAAAUCUCAAGAGUAUCUUUUCGGAAAUAUUUGCGCGUAAGUAAGAAAUUGUGCAACAAUGGUCCACAUACGGCUUCUUCCUACCUUCUGCUAUCAUUCCUAUGCUCCAAAGUACUGUCUAAGAGGAAUGCUGCACUAAACAAAUUACCUUUUCAUGUUUACAGUUUGUCGCCAUCGUUAAAAAUGUCAUGUCUGACAGCAUAUGUUUACGUAAAAUAUGUUGUAGGUAUAAUGUAUUCUGUAAGGUGUAAAGCUUCAAAUUCUUUCAAACCUUUUAAAUUGCCAGAUGCAUGCUUCAGUUUGUCAGACUUGUAUUCCAUGAAAUUCGCUUUUCAAUGAAUAUUUAAAUUUGCAAA